AUGACUGCUGAAGAAGUGAUUAUAGCUCCUGUGCUAUCAACCUAUCAAGACGAUUCAACCUUUCAAUUUGAUAAAGUAAAAUCAGAAACAAAUUUAAGACCUCAUUUAAAUCUCAUCAAUCCAUCAGAUCAAGAUGAGAUAAUCCAAAGGAUAAAUGAAUACUAUUCCAUUGAUGAAUUAGUUGAAUUCCUACAACAAAAGAAAGAUGGAGAAGAUGUGUUGAAAUAUAAUCGAAUCACUCUUCAAUUUCCUGAUUCUUUGGUAUGUGAUUCAGCCACUAUAGUUCAUGAAUUACAAAGCAGGUUAAACAUAGUUUAUUCAUCAUCAGAAGUUUGUACUCCCAAUAAUGGUUGUUGUUCAGACGGAGCUUGCAAAACUACUAAUCAGCCAUCUGACUUAAAAUCACAAACCAUCUGGAUUUUGGCAGAUACUUCUUAUUCCCCAUGUUGUGUUGAUGAAGUGGCAGCUGAACAUGUUAAUAGUGACCUUGUGAUUCAUUUCGGAGAUGCUUGUUUAAAUGUGGUUGAUAAAUUACCUGUAGCAUAUGUGCUUGGGAAACCAAGGAUCAAUUUAGAUAGUUUAAUUCAACAAUUCAAACUGAGAUACCCUAUCGAAGAUGAAAAUAAAAUCCUCCUCAUGUCAGAUUCACCUCAUACAUAUUUAUUAAGAGAAAUAUAUAACAUAUUGAAGAUUGAAUAUCCCAAUUUAAUCUAUUCUGAUUUAAGAAUAGAUCCAUCAUCAAAUAUCAUAGGUUAUGAACCAAUACCAUUAACUGGGAAUGAGUUAAAUAUCCUCAAUAGAAACAUUAUAGGACUUAAUAUCGAUGAUAAGGAUAAACUUCAAGAAUAUGAUUUAUUCCAUAUCACUCUUCCAGAAACUCCAAGAUUAUUACAAUUAACCACUACAUUCAAUUCAGUUACAACUUAUGCAAAUGAUAAGAUUGCCCAAGGUCCAUAUCCUAAUUUAAUGCGUCGUUAUAGAUAUAUGCAUAUGGCCCGUACAUCAGGAACGAUUGGAUUAUUGGUUAACACUUUAUCAUUAAUGAAUACUAAAAAAUUGAUGAAUAAAAUAGCUCUGAAGAUAAAGGAAGCAGGUAAAAAGCAUUAUAUAUUUGUGGUGGGGAAACCAAAUGUGGCUAAAUUGGCUAAUUUUGAAAGUAUUGAUAUGUGGUGUAUAUUAGGAUGCGAUCAUCAAGGGAUCAUUAUAGAUCAAACUAAUGAAUAUUUCAAGCCGAUCGUAACGCCGUAUGAGUUGUUACUUGCUUUGAGUGAUGAACUUACAUGGACAGGGAAAUGGAUUACUGAUUUCAAUAGUGUUUUAGAGAAUCUCGGCGAAGAAGAUGAUGAAGAGCAAAAGAAUGAAACUGAAGAUACUGAAGAGGGAGAGGAUGCCCCACCUGUGUUUGAUCCUGUAAGUGGUAGACUUGUGAGUACAUCACAACCAUUAAGACAAUUGAACCAUCUCAGCAUUACUUCUCAGGAAGAUACUGAAGAAUCUUCAAACAGUCUUGUUAAACGAUUUUCAAAUACUGUUGCGAUCAAAAAUACCAUAUCUACUUCAGCAUCCCGUUUACAAGAAAGACAUUGGACCGGAUUAGGUAGUGAUUUCAAUGAAAAUUAUGACGAUGAAGAAGAUCAUGAACAAGGAGCUUUGCUUGAAGAAGGUACUGGUGGUAUUGCUAGAGGGUAUGAUUUUGAUAAUAGUAAUAGUAAUUCAAAAUCAAGUUGA